CAAGCUCGUUCGCUCAGUGAGGCGUAUGCUUCAUAGAAGCGCUCGGGAAUACCGAGUAGCUCUCAAUUGAUAUACAACAGUUAUUUAUCACUCUGCUAACAAUCCUACUUAUCCAAAGUCCUCAGCUCCUCUAGAUCCCCCAACCUCCCGUUGCCAGUACUAUCGCAUUCACAGACCUCGAACGACAUCAUGGCUACCCCACGCCCUACCAUCUCCCUCCCAAAAUCCUACAAUGAUCUCAAAUUCGAGCACAUAAAGACAGCACAUUAUGAGAAAGACCCCAGCAUUAUCAUCCUCACGCUCUGGCGCCCCAAGAACUACAAUGCCUUUACCAACACCAUGAUGCUCGAGCUGGAACAGGUGUACGGCAUGUUCGACGUAGAUGAUCGUGUGAAGGUUAUCGUUGUCACUGGAACAGGAAAGAUAUUCUGCGCCGGCGCCGACCUUGAUAUGGGAUUCAAGGGUGGCUUCGAGCCCAUCAACGAGCACAGAGAUGGAGGCGGCCGAGUCGUCCUCGCCAUCCACAACUGCCGCAAACCCACCAUCGGCGCUCUCCAGGGCUCAGCCGUCGGCGUCGGCAUCACCAUGACCCUCCCCAUGAACAUCCGAAUCGCGUACUCAAAAGCAAAGAUCGGCUUCGUCUUCGCCCGCCGCGGCCUCGUCAUGGAAGCCUGCAGCUCGUUCUUCCUGCCCCGGCUGAUCGGCCACUCCCAAGCUAUGGCGGCCGUCACCACGGGCUCAACAUACCUCGCGGAAGACAAGAUUUGGAAUGGGCUCUUCACCCAUACGGUCGACACGCCAGAGGGUGUCUUGCCGAAGGCUUUGGAGGUCGCUGAGGAGGUUGCUAAUAAUACGAGUGUGGUUAGUACUUACCUCAUGAAGGAGUUGAUGUAUAGGGAUAAGGGCAGUGCGGAGGGUCAGCAUUUGCUAGACUCUAGGAUAUUGUUUGAACUGUUUACUUCUGCGGAUAAUAAGGAGGGCGUUCAGAGUUUCAUGGAGAAGAGACCGGCGAAGUUCACGGGGACAAUGGAUACCACAUCAGUUAGUGCUUAUCCAUGGUGGAUGCCAAUUGAUACUGUGGGAAGGGCAAAAGUAGAUCCCACCUCGAAGCCCAAGAUCUAGAGUUAUGGGUAGAUUAAUUGGAUCAUAUGAAGAGGCUUCACGGCUAGUUUCCAGAUCUGAAGUGUUGUGCUCGAUUC